GUUGUUGCAGUGUUUGGACAGCUCCCAGUAAUCUCUGGUACCUUCACUGCCCUACCCAUAGGCGGCUCCAGUUACCGGGAACUGCUGGUGACAAAGCUCCCUGAGCGGCUCUUAUUUGUAACACCUGGCACCACGAGCAAUGGCAGAGGAAGCUUCAGAUAUCAGCUUGGACUCGGUAGCCAGCUCCACAGCCAGUGAUGUCCUGAUCCGAUCCACUAGCAUCCACCGGGCAUGGAGGGACGAGGCUGGGAGCCGAGCCCAGACAAAGAGUCCAGGGAGCCAGGCUGCGGGCACAGUGGGAAAGGCAUGUGGUAUUGGAAGUCAGACUGAGGGCAAUAGGGGUAGCAGUAUUGGGAGUCAGGCUGGAGGCACAGUGGGAAUGGUAGGUUGGACUGGUAGCCAAGCUGAGGGCAAUAGAGGUAGCAGUAUGGGGAACCAGGCUGGAGGGACAGUAGAAAAGGUAGGGGGGGCUGGUAGCCAGGCUGAGGGCAGUAGGGGGAGCAAGGCUUUUGACAGUAUGGGGAGCCUAGCUCAGGGUAGUAGGGGGUACCAGGCACGGAGUACUACAGAUAAGGGAGGGAACCAGACAGCUGGGAUGAGGGGACAUACCUUGUUAUCAGGGAGCCAUCCUGGAAACAAACAAAAGAAGCUGGUGCACCUGCAAGGUACAGUGGGAAGGGGACUGACAGAUGAGCUUUAUCACCCCAGGGAAUCAGCAAGUAAAGCAAAUCCACAGAUGGGUUCUCCCCAUGCUAGAACAGAGGCUGGUGACAGUUAUCUGAGAGUGUCAGAGAGAGGGAUAGAGGAGGAUAGAUGCCCCAGAUCAAACAUUGGAGAGCCCCUAGAUCACUUGCUUAACUCAGACAAGAACCGGGUGCAUAUCUCAGUGAAGCGACUCCGAGAGGUGACCUCCCCCCUUCACCAUUUUGCUCUGAAGAAACAUGAGGUUACAUACAUCCCCCCAGCAUUGCCUGCUAAUAAGUAUCCUGCUGUCCAGUUCAUUUCAAAAGAUGACAAAACAGAUGUGGUUCAAAUGAGUGGAGUACAAUCAAUGUCAACUUUUAGUAGAAAGACUUCACCACCUAAGGUUUACGUGCGAAAACACAUACAAGAUGUUACAGAUGUUAUCAGGAAAAACACGGCAAAAGGCUGCAAUCUGGAACAUAAAGACAUUCACAUUUCACAAUAUACAACUGGUCAGAAAGAGGCGUUUUCAGCUGCCUUGAAUAAAAAAGUACAUAGUGCCCCAGUGACUAAAGAGGUGAAGGUUAAGCUUCUUGAGGAUUCGGCCACCGGUAGAAAAGAGACCUCUGCACCGGAUAUAAAGCAAACCCAGAGUGUGGUUGAUUCUGCUACAACUAUCGCUGCUGCUACGGCUGCUGCUAUCGCUGCUGCGGCACCUAUUCUUCAGACGCAGAGCAGUAUGGAAGCCCAGAGGAUUUCCAUUACCCAACUGCUUGACAAACUGCAUGAGGCCGAUAAACAGCUGCAACGUCUCACAGAGCAGCAAAGCAGGAUUCCGAGUCAGCCUCCUGAGCGAUCAUAUCACCAGGACCGAGUGAGCGAGCUGGAGAAACAGCUGGCGCAGCUGACGGAGCAGAGACUGCAACAUCUGGAAAAGCUCCAACAGCAACAACUGGAGAUGCAGUCCCGUUUUAUCAGCUCUGCAAUCAAGGUUGGCACUUGCCAGCAUGAAUCCAAAGCUGCAGUUUGUAUUCACGCUCCUGACCCAGCUCUGAAAAAUCGUCCACUAAGCAACAUCGCAGUAACCGCACCCUCCAACCACAGCGAGAAAGUUGAAGUCAGUCACGUGGAAGAUGCUGCACGUCGCCCUGGCAAAUCUCCUCUAGAGACUCCAGCGCCACGCAGGUUUGCACCAGUACCCAUAUCUAAAGAUGAGAGGGCUCUGCAAAUUGUGUCUGAAAAAGAAAAUCUGGAAGAGUUAAAAAAUCCAGCACAUUUAGGAAAAGGGAAGUUUUUGGAACAAAUCCUUGGGCACGAAGGAUCAUCAUUCUAUAGAUCCAGCAGUUCAGAAGCCCCUCAAAUGAAUUCUCACAGACGUCCCCAUAAUGACAGCCCAACUGAAGUAACUUUUUCCAGAAGUCUUCCUCAGAGUGCAAAUCCCCCAGCUGCUGCUGCCGUACAGAAAGCAAAUGAUGUCUUGCGUGAUCUGGGCCAGCUAAAGCAGGAAAUGAAGGGGCUACUGCAGGAAGCAAAAGAGUGGAAACCCCCAGGGAAUGAGUUUAAGCACUGGGAGCCGCUUGGCACUUCCUAUCUUUCCAGCGUCCUGCACAAGCCUCAGCAUUCUUUACUUGGUAAUGUAAAGCCUCAGAAAUCAAUGUUUGAAGACGCAGAACGUAUUUUAAAGGAAGUGCAAAAUAACAAGAAGGUCCUUGAAGACAACUUGGAGUCAAUAAUCCGAGGCAAAGAUGGUGCUUCCAUGUACACUCUUAUCAGUACCCUGACAACCAACAGUGAUACAGCAGAGAAAAUUCGAAUUCGGAAAGAUGUGGAUUCCUGGAUUACAGAGAUCAGCUCUGAGAUCCAGGAUGAAAUGACCAGGAAGGAUUAUGACCACAAAGUUCAGGAGUUGGGUUUGGCAAAAAAAGCAAAGAGCACCAAAGACAUCAAGGAUAAAAAUGAGAAGAACAGCAAAGCUUUGGUAAAACCAGCAUCAUUAAGCACAAAGAUGUCAUCUGGUGUCUCAGCAAAAACUCAGCCUAAGCAUAACGAUGAUACGGCUCCUGGGCCGCACUCCAGAAAAGAUGUUGCUCCAGCUGUGUUCAGGAAAGACGAAAGAUCAAAGAUCCUGCCCAUUGGCUCUUCACUAAUCCAUGAGUUCUUACUAACCCAGAUGCUUCAGAGAUCUGUCGACACUUCCAUGCAAGAUGAAGAUGUUCUGGAUAAAGUUUAUGGGAAACCUAUUUACCAAGGGAAUCGCAGCACCCUCAAGAAAGGACCAUACCUGCGCUUUAGCUCACCAUCACCCAAGUCCAAACCUCACAGGCCCAGGAUUCUGGAGACUGUAAGAGGUAUUAAACAGAAGUCUGCAAAAACACAGACCAGUGCUACCGGGUGUAAGGUGACUCUAACCAAGCUGAAAAGCCAGGAGCGCUUUUUGCCCAUGAUGCAAGAGCCGCAGUACUUGUUCAGUCCCACCGGACAGUCCGUCAGCAUGUCUGCACCAAUGGAGGGACACCUCAUCCCAAUGGCAAUUCCUCUAGGAAGAUCACGGUUUGAUGGGGUUUGUCCUUUGCCUUCUUCUGUAACUCUUACCCGACCUCACUCUGUAACAAUUACUACAUCUAUUCCAUCCUCACCGCCAAAACCACAAGCAAGAACCGUCAAGCCAAAUGUGGCAGUGCUAGAAGUUUUAUCAGAGAAAAAAGACCCCCCACAACUCUCAGUCCAGGUUCUACCGUCUGUUGAUAUAGACAGCAUUGUAAGUGAAAGUACGGAGAUAAGUGAGCAAGAUCAGAGCCUUGUGGUACCAGCACCAUCCCUGUCACUACCCCCUGCAGAACCCGAUAUACAGUUACCAGAAACUGUUGAAACUGAGGAAGAAGUUCUUGCUUUUCCAGGCAGCAGCUUUGUCCGGGUUACAGAGGUCACUCAGGAUGAAGAAAGUGAAGCUGAUAUUCCUGAACCAUUAUUGGAGCUAAAUGGCCGGGCAGAGAAUGCUCCCCCUCAGUAUACUGGCAUUCCCUUUCCCCCUUCUGCCCCUCAAACCACAUCUGAUGUUCUAGACAGUAUCAUCAGUCGGAGAGAGACUCUGGAGAAUCGGCUGAUCAGCUGGGUGGAACAAGAGAUCAUGGCGAGAAUCAUCAGUGAAAUGUACCCAGUCAGACAGGAGGCUGUUCCAGAUAUGAGUCAUUCUAGCAGUGACAUCAGUGCAUCUGUGACUUCGGAUAUCGUUGAGACAGCGGGGGGUGAAGGCCUUCAGCUGUUUGUUGAUGCUGGAGUACCAAUAGAUUCCAAUUUAAUACGUAAAUUUGUAGAUGAAGCUCUGGCAGAGACCAUUGCAGUAAUGUUGGGUGAAAGAGAAGCUCGUAAACCACGUUCUCCUCCUCCUGCAAGCAACCCUGAGAUAUUGGCUGAAGCACCGCAAGUGCCCACACCUCAGUGCACUCCGCCUGCCUCUCCCCUUCCUCUUAUUCACGAAACGUCCUUAGUGAAAACCCCAGAGCUAUCUCGCCAGACGUCUGUAGCAGAAGCUGAAUCUGUUCAAGAACAGCCUGAAGAUACAGGACCCGAGAUCUCAGCGCGUCUCGUUGUCACACCAGUAAGGACUCCAGUUGCUUCACCUCCUAGAGUGGCCACUCCAACUCUGCUCAUAUUAGAUGAGCCGGAAGAUGAAAGAGACUUACAGAGCCCAGGUCCCCCAAGUCCAUGGGGUAAUACAGAGCUGCCUUUGGAGGAGGAAAACCCUCAUUCAGUGAAGGAAGUGCCUGUAUAUAAGGAUGCAGUUGUGAUGACUGUGGAAAAAGAUGAAGAUCCUGCAAGCUUGUUGUCUUUGGAUUCCAUUGAACCAGACAAACCUUCUGUGCCCCUUGAACCAAAUGCUCCAUCACCGGCCCCCUCACUGAGCUCUGCUCCUUCAACAGAGGAAAGUAGCCUGACCAUCACCUCAUCUGACUCCGACACGACAGACAGACCCAUCUCUGAAGGGGAGGUCCUGUACAGUUACGGGCAACUAAUUGCUGCUAGAGCCGUAGCAGAGGGUGGAUUCUCUUACCCAAACCUCACCCAGAGUUUGUCCAGCACUCUCAGGGAUGCUCAAGAAAUGGAAUAUGAUCCUCCAAGUGAAGGACAGGUGAUAUACAGACCACGCAGAGGUGCUCACCGUGAUCCCGUUCUGUCACUUUUAGCCACAUUUAAUCAGAAUCCAAUUGCACCAUAUGAGCCUUUAUACCAUCCUGAGAUCUCUGAGGAAGACAACAGCGUGGGAGAGCUCAGUGAAGGCCAGAGGCCUCGUCUUACCACAGCAGCAGAAAAAGUCCUGGUUGGACACUCAGGGUUUCUGGGCCAAGCCACUGGUCAUCAGGGCAGAGCUUUGUCAUCUCCUGGACAGUGCACUACAAUACCAGAGACAAAUCAUGAGGAAGAUGACAUUAGCCCAGGUCCAAUGAGCAUCGGUGAACUAGACAGCCAGCCUGAAGCAUCUCACUCCCCACACUUUAAAGGCUCAGCUCAUGCGCCAGCCCCUGCGUACAGUGCCUCACAGGGUCCUGAAAUCUCAAACAAAGAGCAUCAUCCUUCACCUACUCGCUUUAUACUAGUUGGCAUGACCCCGCAAGAAGAUCCGCAGAAAGCUGAGGGCUCUGAACUGCCAUUUGUUAAAAACCUUUUAAUCACGUAA